GCACACCAUUCCAACCCCCCCUUUACGUUGCGCCCGCCAUUUCAUUCUAAUCCACGACUACAUAUGUAGCUGGUCUUCCGAAAUUGCCUUAUUACUCCGUUUCCUACCGAUCAAGAACCGGUGCCCGUAUUAGUUGCAAAUACCCAUAUUCCAAGCACUUGACGCAUUCGCCUCUAAUCAGUAAUGCCUUCCAUCGGCACCAAACGCAAGCGUGAUAUCGGGGUCGGUCCGGAAACGACUGAAAAGAAACGGAGCGCCAGGGUCACCAAGGUAGUUCUCUACCCAGCCAAAAGAGAUGCAUCCAAGGCACCCACCGUCAUGACAAUAUCACACGACGGCGACAACCCAACACCCAACAGCACCGACACCCAACCAGACCCCAACCCAGCCACACCACCCCUAUCCACACUCGCGUCCACAAUCCACAACGGCAACACAGGCUGCCACGGCGACCUCGAGCGUCAGCAAGCCCUAUCCCUCAUCGACGCGGCCGCCACCGCGCGCGACAGCACCCCCUUCGAGCGGCGCGUGUGGCGGCUCCUGGUCCAGAUCCCGCGCGGCCGCGUCUCCACCUACGGCGCCCUGGCCGCGCACCUGGCGUCGUCGCCGCGCGCCGUCGGCAACGCCCUGCGCCGCAACCCCUUUGCGCCCCUCGUGCCCUGCCACCGCGUCGUGGCGACCGGCGGCGGGCUCGGCGGGUUCAAGGGCAAGGUGGCGCGCCGCGACGGCGAGGGGGACACUCUACGCGAGAAGAGGGCGCUGCUAAAAGGGGAGGGGGUCGGGUUGGAUGUUGCUGGGGGGAGGGUGGUUGGGACGCCUUGGGAUGCGUUUGUAGGGUAGUGUGCGUAUUAAGUAGCUACUUUGUAUGUUGUUGUUUAAAAUAAAUGUGUUGUGUUUAAGGAGG